AGCUUGGAGAUAGGAAGGUCGCGAGCGUAGUGGCGGCCAGUACUGGCUGUGCGCCAGCCCGACAGGUGGCGAAAACUUCACGAGAAGAUCAACAAUCGAAAUGAAACUGCAAUCAACUGAACUGGCGAAAAGGUCAGUUCGGUUAUCAGUGUGACGUGUGGCCCGGUGCACUGGAGGCGAAAUUCCCAGGAAAGUUGUCAUCUGGCGUUUUGGAGCUGUAAGCAAACCAUGUUCAAGUACAAUUAUGUCGGUGUGCUGCUGCUCAGCAUAUUUGUCGCCAAUGUGGUGAUUGUCACAGGGAUCGGCUCCACAUCCAGUUGCCGGGGUAAAUGUGGUUCCGCUUACGCCUCAAUCCGACCAUGCCAGUGCAACACAGACUGUGCUAAAUACAGCAACUGUUGUUCCGAUUACACCAGAAUUUGUGGUGCGUCGACUGGCACAAGUUCUGGACCCGACACAACUAAAUGCUGGGAUCGGUGUGACACCAACUAUGACCAGAACCUCCCCUGCCAAUGCAACAACCUUUGCCAGAAACAUAACAACUGCUGCCCUGAUUACGCUGUAUUCUGCACAUCUGGGACUGUUGCUCCCCUACAGACAGUGACUGAUGGUGAGAUAAGUCAACUUGCUACCCUGCUGACGAGCUUGGAUGUGAAUGCCCCUUCUCAGAGUGAUUAUCGCUUGGACCGACAGAGCCACAUCAGUAAUGCUGACGACAAGACGGACCCUUCUCCUAACAAGCUAUUUUCCUUUGUGAAUGAGGGAGCACUCUUCUCCAAAGCCACCUACGCCACUUUCAUUAAACUCCUUGACAACUACAACCCCUACUAUGGCCAAACGGAAUCUAGUACCACAACUGAAAGCAAUGAGGAACAGGGAUUCAUCCAAGCCAUCAUGAAGACCCAAGUGAUGCAGAAGGCGUGGAGCUUCCUGAAGACCAAAGGGUACUCCAGUGCCAGACAAACUGACUUCGAGAAUCAACUGAAGCAACUUUGGUUCAAAAAGUACUCAAGGAAGUAUGGUGUGAUGGAUUCAAGUGGGUUCGAACACGUUUUCGUUGGAGAAAUCAACACUGGUACCAGCGAGGUCUCGGGCUUACACAACUGGGUCCAGUUUUACCUGCAGGAAAAGGCAGGGAAGGCCAACUAUGCUGGUUACUUUAGCUACACGGCCAACAAAGUAACAAUCAAGUUUACCUGGCUGAAUAAAUGGAAACCAUUUGGUGGCUUCUUUGUUGGCACGAGUCCAGAAUGGGAGCUUGCCAUGAGUACCGUCUGUUUCCUCCUGCGACCAAACGGCAAAUGUGAAUUCCAAAUGAACGGUCGCACACAAGAAAUCACAAGUUACGACUACCAUGGACACAGUGACCUAAUAGCAACUGCAUACCCAACUAAUUAGUAGUAAUCACAUGCUGUUAAUAGUGCUGAUACAAUAAAUUCAGGCAACAUGCAAAUA